CACACCAGCUCUCUCAGCUCCGGCAAGCAAACCACCGCGCUCUCUCCUCGCUCCCAGCCCAGCAUUAUGUCGACCGACGUCGCUGCCACCGAGACCCCGGUGCCCACCACGGAGGCGCCCGCCGCCGACCCCGUGGUCGAAUCCCCGGCCGAGACCGCCGCCGCCGACCCCAAGCCCGCCAAGGAGACCAAGGCGGCCAAGGCCAAGAAGCCCUCCGCCCCCAGGAAGCCGCGUGCCACCCCCGCCCACCCCACCUACCUCGAGAUGGUGACGGAGGCCAUCACAACGCUGAAGGAGCGCACGGGGUCGAGCCAGGUGGCCAUCGCCAAGUUCAUCGAGGGCAAGCACGCGGCGCACCUCCCGGGCAACUUCCGCAAGAUCCUGCUCGUCCAGCUCAAGAAGCUCGUCGCCUCGGGCAAGCUCACCAAGGUCAAGAGCUCCUACAAGCUCGCCGCCAAGGCCCCCGCCGCCGCCAAGCCCAAGAAGGCCAAGCCCGCCACCAAGAAGAAGCCGGCGGCCAAGAAGCCCGCCGCCAAGGCCAAGGCGCCGGCGAAGAAGAAGCCUGCCGCCAAGAAGCCCGCCGCCAAGGCGCCCGCCAAGAAGGCCGCGCCCAAGGCCAAGGCUCCCGCCAAGACCAAGGCCGCCGCCAAGCCCAAGGCUGCCGCUGCCAAGCCCAAGGCCGCCGCCAAGAAGGCCGCGCCCAAGGCCAAAGCUCCGGCGAAGACCAAGGCCGCCGCCAAGCCCAAGGGCCGUCCCGCCAAGGCUGCCAAGACCUCGGCCACCGCCACGCCAGGGAAGAAGGCGCCUGCCGCGGCCGCCGCACCCAAGAAGCCCGCCGGGAGGAAGCCGCCCACCAAGCGGACCGCGCCGGUGAAGAAGGCCCCCGCCGCCGCCAAGAAGACGCCCGCCAAGAAGGCCGCCAAGAAGUAGGGCAGCCCCCGUGCUCGGUUUCCAUUAGCGGUUUUUCUUGUUCUGUGUUGUUGCUAGCUGAGGGGGGAGGGGUACUAGGCUGUAAAUUUGAUGUCGGGGCGGGGGUACAGCGGUCUUCCAUCCUCUGGACCCAUGGGGAUCAUCUGUGUGUGUGUGUUCUGUUUGUGAGGAAACGGUGAUGAUGACGACGAGAGUCUGUAUUAGCAAGUCUGAAUUCUGUAGCUGAUUUAAGGGUUUAUUGUAGCAACAUCAGUCGAAAUCACAGUAAUUUAAUUCCGAAUUAUGCA